AUGUCUGAAAAGAAGGCGGACGCACCAGCAACCAAUAUGCUCUGGGGUGGCAGGUUUACAGGUGGGAUUGAUCCGCUUAUGCACAAGUACAAUGCCUCUAUCGGAUACGACAAGGCUCUCUAUAAAGAGGAUAUUCUUGGAUCGAUUGCUUUCGCCAGAGCCAACUCAAAGGUCGGCAUUAUUACCGAAGAUGAAUUCAAGACAAUCGAGCAGGGUCUGCUUAAAGUAAUGGAAGAAUGGAAGCAGGGAACCUUUGCUAUUAUGCCGAAUGACGAAGACAUUCAUACUGCAAACGAGCGUCGAUUAGGAGAGGUCAUCGGAAAGGACACCGCUGGCAAGCUGCACACAGGUCGCAGCCGCAACGAGCAGGUCGUCUGUGAUAUGCGCAUGUGGCUACGUGACCGCAUCCGUGAAAUCGACAGCCAACUUGUUACUUUCCUUCAAGUCCUCACCAAACGCGCCGAGGAUGAAAUCGACUACCUCAUGCCCGGUUACACUCACCUACAACGAGCUCAGCCAGUUCGCUGGAGUCAGUGGAUAAUGUCACAUGCUUCUUCGUUCAAGCAGGAUCUCGAGCGAUUGCGCCAGGUCUUCGAAAGGGUCAACCUUAGCCCACUUGGCUGUGGCGCAUUAGCUGGUAAUGUGUUUGGCAUCGAUCGAGACGCAAUCGCCGCAGAGCUUGGUUUUAGCGGAAUCACCAUGAACUCGAUGAACACGUCAGGCGAUCGUGACUUUAUUAUCGAGUUCCUGAGCUGGAAUUCCCUAUUUACUAGCCAUAUGAGCAGGUGGGCUGAAGAUCUUAUCCUAUACUCCACUUCCGAGUUUGGAUUUUGUCGUUUGGCAGAUCUUUACAGUACCGGCAGCAGUUUAAUGCCGAAUAAGAAGAACGCCGACAGUUUGGAACUCUUGCGCGGCAAGUCAGGUCGUGCUUUCGGUCAACUGGCUGGACUGAUGAUGAGCGUGAAAGGCUUGCCAACUUGCUACAACAAGGACCUUCAGGAGGGAUGGGAACCCAUGCUGGAUUCAGUCUCAACUGUUUCGGAUAGUCUGGGCAUCGCUAGUGGGGUUAUCGCUACUAUGACUGUGCGACCUGAGCGGAUGUUGGCUGCCUUGGAUAAGACGAUGCUUGCCACUGAUGUCGCGGAGUGGCUAGUGCGAAACGGAUGUCCAUUCAGGGAAGCUCAUCACAUUUCUGGACGCGUUGUUGCGCUAUCGGAAAACACGGAAACCUCAAUGGACAAGCUAACCCUGGAGCAACUGCAAGCUAUUGAUUCUCGAUUUACAGCGGAUAUUACGAAGGCAUUUGAAUAUGAGUCGAGUGUUGAGGCGAAAUCGGCUAGGGGAGGUACCAGUCGAUCAGCUGUGCUGCAGCAAAUUCAGGAACUCCGUGCUAUCUUAGAGUAA